GCAUAACUGUCCGACUCGUCACUCCCAAAAAGAGGUGGCUGGAACAACAGUUCCGCUUUCCCAGCUACUCGAAUGCCUGGUGCACCUCCGGAAUCCUAGGUUCUCAUUGCUCUCGGACAGAGUUCUGUCUCUCCAGUACUCCCAAACUCCCAGUCUUGUGCACCAGUGAGGUCCAACUCUGAGGCUUCUUUCCUGAGAAAAAUAUUUGAAAGUCCGUUACUGUUUCCUGGAGGAGCUGAGAAGAGGACGCUCACUUCCGGCGUAGGGAGGCUUUCUGACCCGGAAUGGAGGAGGCGGAGGAGCCGCUCUUGGAGGGGAAGAACGCGCUGCAACUGGCCCCCGAGCCGCGCCUGGGCCUGGACUUAGGAUGGAACCCCUCUGGAGAAGGCUGUACGCAGGGCCUCAAAGACGUCCCACCCGGGCCGACCCGAGCCAUCCUCGCUUUGAAGAGCCUCCCCCGGGGCUUGGCUCUUGGCCCCUCACUCGCCAAGGAACAGCGCUUGGGGGUCUGGUGUGUCGGGGAGCCCCUACAGCCCGGCCUGCUGUGGGGGCCGCUGGAAGAGGAGUCUGUCUCCAAGGAGAAGGGCGAGGGAGUAAAGCCACGGCAGGAGAAGAACCUGUCAUUAGGUCCAUGGGGAGACAUGUGUGCCUGUGAGCAGAGUUCUGGCUGGACUAGCUUGGUGCAGCGGGGCAGACUGGAGAGUGAGGGAAAUGUGGCCCCAGUGCGGAUCAGCGAGAGGCUCCAUCUGCAAGUGUACCAGCUGGUGCUGCCAGGCUUUGAACUGCUGCUGUGGCCCUGGCCUUCCUCUGAGGGCCCAAGUCUCACCCAUCCCAGGCUGGACAAAGAGGCAGCUGUAGAAGUGGUGACAGAAGUGGGGUCUGCUGUUCAGCAGGAAGUGGCCUCCCACGGGGAGGAUGCAGCAGAACCUUGCACAGAUCCUGGUUCCCACUCACCCCCUGGCAUCCAAGCAGAGAGUAUGGUGAGCCCUGGACUUAAGUUCCCAACCCAGGACCAACUUUCCAAGGAUAGCCAGCCACUUGGCCCAUUGCUUCAGGAUGGCAGCGUGGAUGAGGAAUAUCCGCCCCAGGCACAGAUGCCACCUGAACUUCAGAGCAACUCGGCUACCCAGCAGGACCCAGAUGGCAGUGGAGCCAGUUUCUCAUCUGCCAGGGGCACCCAGCUGCGUGGCUACCUGGCCAAGAAGUUACACAGCCCCAAUGAUCAGUGCCCACCCAGAGCAAAGGCCCCAGAGCCUGGAGCCCAGCAGCCUGGCUUCUCUACUCUCUCACGGAGCCCUCCUGGCCCAGCAGGAAGCUCCCCAAAGCAGGGGCGACGGUACCGGUGUGGAGAGUGUGGCAAGGCAUUCCUGCAGCUGUGCCACCUAAAGAAGCACGCAUUCGUGCACACAGGCCACAAGCCCUUUCUUUGCACUGAGUGUGGCAAGAGCUAUAGCUCAGAGGAGAGCUUCAAAGCCCAUGUGCUGGGCCACCGUGGGGUGCGGCCCUUCCCCUGCCCGCAAUGCGACAAGGCCUAUGGCACCCAGCGAGACCUUAAAGAGCACCAGGUGAUACAUUCAGGUGCCCGGCCCUUUGCUUGUGACCAGUGUGGCAAGGCCUUUGCUCGCCGGCCCUCCCUGCGGCUGCAUCGCAAGACCCACCAGGUGCCAGCCGCCCCUGCCCCUUGCCCAUGCCCUGUGUGUGGGCGACCCCUGGCCAACCAGGGCUCCCUGCGGAACCAUAUGAGGCUCCACACAGGAGAAAAGCCCUUCCUGUGCCCGCACUGUGGCCGGGCAUUCCGUCAGCGGGGCAACCUGCGUGGGCAUUUGCGGCUCCACACCGGAGAGCGUCCUUACCGCUGCCCGCACUGUGCCGAUGCCUUCCCCCAGCUGCCUGAACUGCGGCGCCAUCUCAUCUCCCACACCGGGGAGGCCCACUUGUGCCCCGUGUGUGGCAAGGCCCUCCGAGACCCACACACGCUCCGAGCUCACGAGCGCCUGCACUCUGGAGAGAGGCCCUUUCCCUGUCCCCAGUGUGGCCGUGCUUACACGCUGGCCACCAAGCUGCGGCGCCACCUCAAAUCUCACUUGGAGGACAAGCCCUACCGCUGCCCCACCUGUGGCAUGGGCUAUACCCUCCCGCAGAGCCUCAGGCGGCACCAGCUCAGUCACCGGCCCGAGGCGCCCUGCAGCCUACCCUCUGUGCCUUCUGCUGCUUCUGAGCCCACCAUGGUGCUCCUGCAGGCUGAGCCACAGCUGCUGGACACACACAGAGAGGAGGAAAUCUCCCCUGCCAGGGAUGUUGUUGAGGUCACCAUUUCAGAGAGCCAGGAGAAGUGCUUCAUGGUGCCAGAGGAGCCGGGUGCCGCCCCCAGCCUGGUGCUAAUCCAUAAGGACGUGGGCCUUGGCGCCUGGGCAGAGGUGGUGGAGGUGGAGAUGGGCACCUGACAGCUUUACCUUUUCCUGACACGGUUCCAUAAAGACCUGUGCUUUCUCACUGC